GCUUGUGUGCACAGAGAGAUUGCACAGGACAUAUCUGCAGAGAAAGAGAGAGGUGGACAUCUGGAGGAAAGGAGACAGCUGGUACCAGGGAUGCUCUCUCUCCUCCAUCUCCAUGGCAAUGAUCAGCUCGUCUUUGGGUUAACUCUCUGCCGUCCAAGAUGAAGUGGUCUGGCUGUGGUUCCAUCUACUGCAUUUUCUAUUCUUUACUCCUAUCAAGCACAUGUUCUUCAUUCCCCCGACCCCUACACCCCACAAAGUCUCACCACCAUGGGGCAAUACGCCCGACAUCCUCCCCCCACCUAGCUGCCCACCAGCAUUUAUAUACCUCCCUCCAUUCUACUAAACAACCCUCAGGAAACUCCCACAUUUCCAGUCCUCAGCUUGUUUUCCCCAUAGUCCAGUCACAGAAUGUGCCACCAAAGAUCCAAUACUUCCCCCACAGGAACACCCAGCACCCCCAUCAGCAAUCUGUGCCCACACGGGGCAAGCGCCAGUCUGAAGCAUCCAGCCUGCUCUUUCCUGCUGCCCUGGAAGGGGCGGUUCUUCCUUCGCAAUACCCUUGGGCUAUCUUGUGGGGCCCAACUGUCUCAGAUGAGGAAGGGGCACAAAGUUCAGCUUCUUCCACCCCUCGACCUUACUACCAUCAUGAGUGGGGCUUGUUGGAGCACGGUGAGCCAGCGCGAGGACUGGACCUGAAGGGGGUACCGACCACUCUGAGACCCCAUGGCUUUCCCCCGCUACAAGAAGGGACCGACCCUCAACUUUACGUCACCAUUGUGAUCUCUGUGCUCAUUGUGUUGGUGGCUACCGGAAUAAUCAUCAAAUUCUGCUGUGAACGCAGACAGAAACGCAGGCGCAACCGCAAUGAACGUUGUGCUUUACCGGAGGAAGGAAGCCUGCAGCCCUUGACCGACUUGUCACCCGACUCUGACAUCCCCGGGCUCCAUCCACUAAAACUCGGUGACUUCAACAAAAGUGGCCUGGAUGACAGAAGCGUUCCCUGCAGAACAAGCAAGAUUCCUGUGGUGACCAUGUGAUUGCACCGUAGAUAUCCCGAAUCUGUAGACGGACAGCUGUGAUGGACUCUGGGUGAAAGGAACCAACCUAAUGGAAGGUGGGGGGGGGCACCUAAAUUUCUCAAACCUCUGCACCCCAGAAAUGAUCGUUUGAGAGGACCCAGCCAUUCACGGACAACAGCCAAGUGAAGAUGACCUCAGAUAGACAGGAGUAGCCCCACGUCUAGGGCUGUAUGUGUGUGUACAUAUAAUCUAUUACAUGUAUGUAGGCAUGGUCACACAUAACCACUAUUACCAGGGCUACCUGUGGGGGAGACUGUGAAGCCCUGAAGGCCUUGUGAUAGAAUAAUUAUGUAAUAAUAUUGUUCUCUAUGACUGCAUGUGUGACUGUUAACAC